GCUUUACUUUGUUUUUUGACUGCAAUUAUAUUUCCUCCCACAAUGAGUCAAGAUUACUAUGAGACGCUUGAAUUAAACUGGAAAGCAACAGACGCUGACAUAAAGAAGGCAUAUCGACGUCUUUCCCUGAAGUUUCACCCGAGAAGAAACAGAGAAAACGAUACCCUCGAGAAAUUCACUCAGCUUGGCGAAGCCUAUGAUGUUCUGAGCGACCCUCGAAAAAAAGCCACCUAUGAGAAAUUUGGGGAGGAAGGCCUAAAAGGUGGAAUCCCUGCUGAGUUUGGCAGUGGUGGGGCUUGGUCAUCAAAAUAUGUCUAUCAUGGGGAUCCAGACAAAACAUUCAGAGAAUUUUUUGGGGGUGACAAUCCCUUUGCUGACUUUUAUAGCAACGAUGCUCCCCUUCAGUUUGGAGGCCUGCAGCCAGACCUGGUGAAGACCCGUGAUGCCCCCAUAGAGAGAGACCUUAAUCUGUGUCUGGACGACCUCUUCCACGGAUGCACAAAGAAGAUUAAGAUAUCCCGCAGGGUUAUGAAUGAUGACGGACACACAUCCAGUAUUAAAGACAAGAUCCUGUCCAUAAAUGUCAAACCUGGAUGGAAGGAAGGCACAAGAAUAGUUUUCUCAAAAGAGGGAGAUCAAGGACCAAACAGCAUCCCCGCAGACAUUGUGUUCAUCGUACGGCAGAAGACUCAUCCUCAAUUCGUUCGUCGGGGCAAUGACCUCGUCUUCAAAGCCAAGAUCUCUCUGGAGAUGGCUCUGACUGGCUUCUCGGUGGACAUUCAAACACUAGAUGGCAGGCUCCUCAGCAUCCCCAUAAAUGACAUCGUGCACCCUGCGUACAAAAAAGUGCUGAGUGGAGAGGGAAUGCCACUGUCCCAGGAUCCUUCCCAGAGGGGAAACCUCAUUGUUAUUUUUGACGUCCAAUUCCCAGAUAAGCUCUCCGCUGAGAGUAAACUACUGAUAAGAGAAGCUUUAGCUAUUUAA